UUCAAACACAAGAGCGAGAGCCGAUAAAAAAUCUGGCCAUAGCCCAUAAAAGUGCAUAUUAUUCUCCCAAAACCACUGUCAACGGUGCCAACAAUCUCCAAACGAACUACCGUAAACAUGGUCUGGGGCCUCUUUCCGGUCGAUCCCAUCCCAGGGGAAGAAAGUUAUUAUUUCUUUAGCAAAGGGACCUAUAAAGUGGGACGAAAAGGAUGUGAUGUCAUUGUUAAUAAAGAUAAAGGCGUCUCGCGGGUCCAUGCGGAAAUAGUCAUUGAUGAAAUGAUUUCCAAGGACAAUACAACAAAGAAAUCAUCCGAAAUUCGGAUCAGAGAUUGCUCAAAGUACGGAACAUAUAUUAAGAGGCCCGUUGGAUCAAAAGAAAAGGUUCAUGAAUUUCCAAAUAAAGAGACAACAUUGGAUGAUGCGGACCUUGUUUCGUUUGGAACUGGUAAUGCUACUUACAGGUUUAGUUAUGUUCCUCUUGUGUUUUUUCUUUGUGGGUUGGAGCCGGGUCGAUCGAAAGAACAUAACGAGAAGAUUUCAUCCGUAGGUGCUUCUAUGACUAAUAAAUGGAACGCAAAGUGCACACAUGUUCUUGUUGAUGAUAAUGCAUUGCUGAAUGCUGAUAUAGUUGAUGCCGUAAUGUCUAAACGGCAUUUUGUUAGUUAUAAAUGGAUAGAGUUACUUGCAGAUAAACGUAUUGACACUACGAUCCCGGAUUGCAAUACCUAUGCUCCAACGUUGAAGUUGCAAGGGGUCUCUAUUAAAGUUGUUGAGCCCGAGUCUCGAGAAAAUUGUUUAAGUGGAUACACUUUUCUGCUGGAGUCAUCAGACAAGUAUAAAGUUAAGAAAAAGUUGCAGUCAUUACUUGAAGCCUUUGGUGCAAAAGUUAUUCCCGUUGGUGAAUUCGUUCCACAUAGUCAGGGUGUGGAGGAUGAUGAGAAGAAUCGUUUUGUACAUGUAAUAUCUGAAGAUAAUUCUGUGUGCUCCAAUGAUAUUAAUCAUCUACCGAAAGUUAGUGAAAUUAACUUAGUAUCCGCUAUUUUAUCCGGUCACCUGGAUGCCGUUAUCCUUGUAUCACCACCUGUAGUUGUCACAUCUACGUGCUCCACCGAUGAGACAAUAGUAGCGGAUUCCGAACCCGAAGUUGAAAUCACAUCGGUUUAUACAUCGGGAAUCAGGAAAGUAGAAUCUGUUGCAGAUGAAAAGGAAAUAACAUUUGUUCAUAGUGUAGAUUCUGUUACCGUAAUGGAAAUCGAUCCAACGAAAUUCAUUGUUGACAAAGAUACAAGCGUAGAUGAUGUUAGUGCAAAGUCAAAAGAUGGUCAAAACGAUGAUGGAAUGUUGCCUCGAGAACGUAAGAUUGAUGUUGAUGAAGGUAGUGAAAUGGGGACUUCGGAUGUAAUUUUCAGCCAAGAUUUGAUCGUUCGAAAUUCAAAUUCACAACCUUCUUAUCAGACAAAUCAUCAAGUUUUGAACUUUAAACGAUUCAAAAAGACGGCGACCGAAUCAGGAAUUGGUUUCCAUAAUCUUGUACCUUUUUCAAAGCAUCCUUACAAAGGGUCUGAAUACGAGAACGAGGAAGUAGCAGAGUCUUUGAAAGAAGAAAAGAAACGUAAACAGCGAGAGGCUGUUGCAGAAGAUCUAUUCAACAAUGCAAAGGCGAAGCAACGUGGAGCCGCAGGUUUCAUAUCGGGCCUUUUUAAGGGAAGAUGAUGUACUUGUAUGACAAAUUUUCGUUUAUUAUGUGUAAUUAGCAUCUUGAAUUGUUGCUAAACUAAACAUACUUACUUGCAAACAUCAACCAGUUUAGGGAAUAUAAUGUUCCUUCUUUGUGGGUAAAAUUUGUUUUUUGUUUUU